ACAGGGGUUCAAGAGAGUCUUGGUCUUGGAAGGGGAUACGUCGCGCAAAGGGAAAUAUUGGUAAAGAGAGGAAAGGAUUUACGUCUUGUGGAGACUGCACGAGCGCUUUGGAACAGAAGUGAAACAUUGACUCGCAUUUGUGUAGGCAACUCCUUUGCUGGCAGGUCUUUUUGUCAACCAUUUUUAAAUAUUUUUAAUAGGCUAUUUUAUUUUUCCAGUGGAGCAGUUGCACUUGUUUUUGCCAUUGGAGACCAGAGAGAAGGGGAUCAAGAGCAGCGACGUUUUGGAUUGUGACAAAGUUUUCGGACUGCAUACAACUUGAAGAAGGGGGACUUUCAGGAUGCGCUCCCUCUUACUACUGGUCCUGUCCUGUCUCCUGAGCGCCGGACGCUCGCAGAAAUUUUCCGCCCUCACGUUUUUACGAGUGGAACAGGAUAAAGAGUGCAACAUGGACUGUUCCGGCGCGCCGCGGAAGCCCCUGUGCGCCUCCGACGGCCGGACGUUCACGUCCCGCUGCGAGUUCCUGCGUGCGAAGUGCCGCGACCCCCAGCUGGAGGUCAGCCGAGGGCCGUGCAAAGAUGCAUCAAGAUGCGUGGCUGAAAAGAAGUACACGGAGCAGCAGGCCAAGAAGCUCUUCCCACAAGUCUUUGUACCUGUAUGUAAUCCAGAUGGCACAUACAGCGAGGUGCAGUGCCACAGCUACACGGGCUACUGCUGGUGUGUCACUCCCAAUGGACGACCUAUCAGCGGCUCUGCAGUGGCCAAUAAGAAGCCUCGAUGCCAGGGGUCCAAACCUGAUGUCAACCCUCGAGAGCCAGCGAAAGGAGUCUCCUUGGAAAUUUUCUCCAUUCUGAACGCAGAUGAGUCGGAGGGCACCAUCAUGGAAGCGCCGCCCUCGGUGGAUGAGGAAGACAAGUUAAUUUUCCCGUACCCAGACCUGUACAAUGUACAGAACCGCAUUCGGCAGAACAACCGGACUCGAAGCCAAGCCUCCUCGUGUGACCAGGAGCAGCAGUCUGCCCAGGAGGAGGCUCGGCAGCCUAAGAACGAGGCGGUCUUCAUCCCAGACUGUGCCCAGGGCGGCCUCUACAAGCCUGUGCAGUGCCACCCCUCCACUGGCUACUGCUGGUGUGUCCUGGUGGACACGGGGAGGCCCAUCCCUGGCACCUCCACCCGGUAUGAGCAGCCCAAAUGUGACGGCAACGCCAGAGCCCAUCCAAACAAGCCCAAGGACCAUUACAGAAGCCGACAUCUGCAGGGAUGCCCGGGUGCCAAGAAGACAGAGUUCCUCACGAGUGUCCUGGACGCCCUCUCCACAGACAUGGUGCAUGCGGUCACAGACCCAGCCGCUGCUGGCAGGAUGUUGGAGCCCGACCCCAGCCACACCCUGGAGGAGCGGGUGGUGCACUGGUACUUCAGCCAGCUGGAUAAGAACUCCAGCGGCGACAUCGGCAAGAAGGAGAUCAAGCCCUUCAAGAGGCUGCUCCGCAAGAAGUCCAAGCCCAAGAAGUGUGUGAAGAAGUUUGUGGAGUACUGCGACAUCAGCAACGACAAGGCGCUCUCCCUGCAGGAGCUCAUGGGGUGCCUCGGGGUCACAAAGGAGGACGCAGCUAAAGCAGGAGACGGUACAGCUUCUAGUAAACUGAACACCUCUAAGAAGCAAGGCUAAGGAAGCCAGCAAGAAUCUCACCCUCCCCUUUAAAACUCUGCCCCACCAAAUGGCAAUGGAAACCAUAGUAUUUGCACUUUGUACUUUAAAAAAAUGUAAAUUCACUUUGUAGAGAUGAGGUAUUUAAACCAACUGCUGAAUCUGUGAAUGACAUAGUUAGCUUUUUUAUGUCUAAAAAAAAGAAACAAAAAAACAAACAAAAAAGAAAAUUAAUAAUUUUAACACAUACAAUGUAUGUGUCCUUUGUGUGUCGUAAGAAAAAAAUGUAUGCUUUUCUGAGUUGUACAAGUUGUAUUACGUGUUGCAUCCGAUGGCCACAUCAGUGGUCCUUCCUUUUCUGUCUCUUUUUCCCUUCCUGUUCUUUUUGUUAAUACUGUAUGUGUAAACAAGUGUCCAUGUAUGUAGUUUGCCAAGGUCUGGGGUGCAUUUCUCAAAAGAGAAGUUGUUAACCUGUUAGCAACUUCAGUAGUUGCCAAUGGGAAAAUGCAUUGAAAACAACAAAGUAGCUAAUAUAGUAAGCAACUUUGGUUUCGAGAAAUGUACCCCUGAAGGUGAUGAUACACAGGGCGAGUUUUUGAGCCAUGUUGCGGGGCAACAACAUUUUUGGCUUCUAUAAAAUUUUCCUAUAAAAUAAGAAAAAAAAAGAUCUUCUGCUGAUACGAGUUCUCCUGUUAAAAGUGUUUUUCAAAGUCAUGUAAAGUGUGCAAAUACAAUUGUACAGUAUCGUUGCCUAAAUAUUGUGCUCAAAGGGUUGUCUUGUGGAUCGUCACCUUCAUGCAGAGACCGGGGCAAUAGCUUCCUCAUUUGUACUCACCUAGCUCUCCCGUCCGAAACCCCUUACGCUGUUUAUACUGUCCGUGUGUAUUAUUAAACCCAGAUGAUCACAGAAGUCUAUUUGUUUAAAACAAGAUUCGUUGUUUAUUAGAAAUCGAGAAGUUUGUUUGUUUUGAGGUUUUUUUGUAUUUUUUUGUUUUGUACCUUACAAAAAUAUGUAUGAUAAGUUUUUGUUCUGUGAAUGUCUUUUUU